CAACCACAGCGAUAGGAUAGCAUACCGACACGGUUAUCGUUUUCAUAUUGCCGUGACGGCGGCUUGUUUUUUGAACGAGAGAAAAGUUUGUGACGGGAGCCGAAUACACAGGCUGAGAAGCACCGAACCAUUCAUAGAUAUGAGCGGUCCGUCAGAAGAGCUCAUGGCUCGCAAUUGUGCAAAAGGUGCUGGCUGCCCAGAUCGAGUCGAAAGCAUCAGGAGUAGCAGCAAUAGUGAUUUUUCUUCGUCUGCAACACAGACGUUUUCAGAUAAUGAAGCUACAAGUGUUGGGCAACCUUCUCGUCAGCUCCUGAUGCAAGCAAAAGGAAAUGGUUCCUCCUUUAGCAAUACAAAAGGUCCGCUUCAGGUCCCGACUUCCUUUCUGGACAACAAUGCAAACACGUUUGACUCGUUGCUCGAAGUCAACAGCUUAUUUCAACAAGGCGCAUGGAUAGGCUUCCUCAUUUGGAUUGUCCUAUUGGCGCUCGUCUUUCGAUUUGCUCCGGUAGAAAGCUACGAACCGAUGGACAAUUUGGAACGCAACAUCCAUCUUCUCAGUUUUUGCUCAUUUUCGUCACUAACGGUUCCCGCAUCCUACCGAUUAUCAUGCGCGAGAAAGGAUUUACGUUCAUUCAAAGCGGAUUUAUAAGAGGGACUCUCACUGUCCAAGGCAUUGCCAUGGCGAACACCUUAAUGUUGAGUACUGUGCAGACACCUGUCAUGAUAGACAGCGUAUCGGGUUUGCGAGUGCAUUUGGUACGCUGGGCUGAGUGGGUGCCGCUGGCUUUUCUCAUGACGUUCUUGACUGAUAACAUGGACUCAGCAUUCCGGGGGAAUGAGGUUGCUGACAUGCCGUUCCGCGGAAAGUUUGGUACAGCCAUCGCAUUGGCAGUGUCAACAUCUGCGGGGAUGGUUCUUCCAUUUUGUUCAGACCUACGGACGUGGCUGGUAGUCUUUUUCAUUUCCUGGAUACUUUUUGGCGCUUUGUACUUGAUGUGUUUUGAUCGUUCGAAGCGUUUUCAGGCCAUGAAACGACAAUUGUUCGAUAAAAAGAAUAAUCGUGAUGGUCGGAAAAAGAUGUCGGCCUUUGAGCAGGAACAGUACGAAAUUGUCCGAUCCAACUUUUUUUUAUGUGUCGCAUGUUGCGGCACUUGGACUCUGCUUGCAUUUUCCUAUUCGAUCCUUUGCUUGGGGCCAAAAUAUGGCCCACCAGGCAAUGUGCUCGCUCAUCCCGCGUUGCCAACGUUUUUCACAUGUGUCUUUGAAGUCGCCUCCAAAAUAUGGUACUUGGAUGCCUUGUUAGAUGCAUAUGAUAGGGUCUUUGACGAAUCGAAUCGCUCCGUUCGGCGCUUGGAAGAAUUGCGAGGCUUCAUGACGGCUGUCUGGGAGUCUUCAUCGGAUGUUAUCAUCUUCUGCGAUGCGCUAGAGAAUCGCGUCAGUGCACGAAUUAGCCCAGCUUUUAUGAAAAUGGUAGGACUGUCCACCGGGAAGUUGCCUUUUUUGCAGCGUGGCGACAUUUCUUUAGUAAUGGAAGUCUUUCCGAAGAAAGAUGAAUACUACGUCUUUGCGAUGGAUUUGUCCAAGCCAGUCAAUCGGGCAGAUGCCGUAAGGUUACGGCAAUUAUCAACGACAGAGCGCCGAAAGCUAUCUCGGCCGAAUCCUUCAUCCUUAGAGGAUCAGAACCUGUCCACGAUUGCUAAACUUGUCGUUAGAGCUAGCUAUACGAAGCAACCCGAAGAUGCCGAAUUCAAUUCUAUGGAGGAGUUUUACCGAAUGACUCAAGGUAAGGAGGUGAGAAUAAGUUGCGAAGCUAAAAUCGCCAGACUCGAAGAUAACGAAGAUCAUUGCGUGGUUGUGCUACGGGAUAUCUCAGAUCGAGUACAGCGAUUUGAAGCAGAAAAAAUCCUUAUUGAAGGAGUGACUGUUCGGAGAAAGGACGCCGAAGCUAAUCGAUUCACUAGACACGAAGUAAAGAACAGCAUACUAACUGCGAUCGGAAUGCUAGACGACAUACGCGGGACGACAUGUCAACCAGUGAAUGAUACAACAAAGGUUGAUGGGGAGCAGGAAAUGACGUCGUUUCGCAGCGCGUCUGCGAGGGGCUCGAAAGCGAAAACGCAAGUUACCUUGAACGAAGUAGAAGGCACCUUGCGCGAUACUUUGGAAAUGAUUGCGGACGAAGCCAUGACACGGGAGAUCAUUUACGGAGAAUACGCUCCCAAGAAUACAAAAAUUGACGUUGCUUCUGUCCUCUCUUCUCUUCGAAGCGAGGUAUCCGAUAACUUUCCUCUUCACGUCGAGCCGAAACCAUUCCCUUUCCUGAUUUUGGAUAAGCAACUUUUACGCUGUAUAUACCGGAAUGCCGUGUCGAAUGCUUGUAACUUUGGUGAGAUUGGCGGCGUGGUAGAGACAAGAGUUUCUUUUGAUAGGCGGCAAACUAUGAUUACGAUGAAGGUUACCAAUUUACCUGGGGAAGACCAUGCUGGGCUUGUCAAGGUAGACAAGAAGACUGCAUGUGCUGUCUUUGAGCCUGGGACUCAGUUACGCUGGGAUGGGAGCGGAAUGAAGGUUGUACAGGCAGGUAGCGUCAACAAGGGGAAUGGUGCUUGGAUCAUGCAGCAAUGUGCCGCGUCACUCGGGGGCGAAUGUACUAUACAAUUCGAAAAUGCAAAGACAACGUUAACCUUCACGUGCCCAGUCUGCCUUGACUCAGAUGGUGAAGAGGCGGGAAAUCUAUGGAACACAGAGGAGUUCCUUUUCUCUGAGAACACCUGGGGCAUCGCCCUAGACGACUCGAAGAUUCAACGCAAGCUGCUUGAUCGUUUUAUGAAGUCCACUGGAAUAAGGCAGUCUAGGCGAAUGGUUUUGGGACAAAAUUCGGAGGAAAUUUUCGACUUCAUCGAAACUGUUAAAAAUUUGAUGGAAGAGAAUCCAAUGGAUAGGUUUCUUUUAAUUGUCGACGAGAAUAUAGACAUUGUCGACGGCGGGGCCAGGCAUGAGACAGUUUCUGGCUCGAAAACUGUGGAGAGACUUAGAAGAGUCCUUGACAAGUCUACCGAAGAACGGCUUAUCGCGCUAAUACGCAGCGCAAAUGAUUCAUCCCAUGACUUGGAUUUAUACAAGUCGAGGGCUCAUGGGUAUAUGCUAAAGGAACCAAUGCGAAAGGACCGUGUUCUAGAAAUGAUUCAGCCUUGGUGGACAAAACGAUUUGGAACAGGCUUCGUCUGCGAGAUCCCAGGCAAAAGUUGCGACAAAGACAAUAACUUUCCUUCCUCUGAGGAUAUGCACGGUGCACUAUUGCGUGUGCAUUCUUUUUGCGAUGACACUGAUUCUUCUGGGCGCGAAAGAUGGAGGGUCACGAGGGACAAGCUGCAUGCAUUUAAGGGAGAUUUGAUGACAAUGAAGUCACAGAACAGCUUAAGGGCAAUUUUCGAAGAGCUGGAUUGUCUUCUUGAGAGUGAAGAACGACCCGAGAAGUUCGCUUGCAUAUGGUCUGAAUUAAAGCAGCAGGUGGAAAUUUUGUUUCGCGAUUUACAAUCUUAA